AUGCAAGCUGCCUCGCCGACGCUCGUCGGCUCCAUGGUCCUCGCCACCGCGUACGUCGCCGCCACGAGCCGCUCGACGCCCGAGCUCGCUGUGAAGCUCAUUGCGCUCGGCAUGGCCGCUGCGGGCUGGCUCCGCGCCAGGGCGACUGCGGCGAGAAGCAUGCCAGCAGCGACACCAGCACCUGCCACUCACCAAGACGACAGCGACGCUCUUUGCUUUGUGAAGCGCGAGGGCUCCAAGAAGGCGCGGGACGUGACGCUCGAAGAGACGAUUGUCGAAGAGAAGGUCGAGAACGGGCGCAUGGUGCGCACGUGCUCCAAGCGCAUGGCGACGAUCGUAUGCCCACCAGAGGAGAACGAGAAGCACAUCCAAAUGUUCCUCAAGAACGAUCGCAACGUCCUCGACGCGAUUGCCGCGCCACCGGCCGAGCCGUCGAGCCCCGUGGCUCACGUCGUCAACCACGAUCGGAGCACCACCGAGCGCUAUGCCAAGGACGAGGCGAACGAGGCGCAUCCUUGGAGCGACAUGAUGGGGCCAGCGGCGACAUGGCUUGCCGAGAAGGCGUGGACAACGGUCUCGGAGGGUCUUGUGACCAUUGCGCUCUGGUCGAUCUGCGGUGUCUUGUGGAACUCGGCCAACAACUUCAACUCGGAUGCGACCUUUUGGAGCCUCUUUUGGAAGAAGCUGCAAGACGAGUUCAACACAACGUAA